UAGAAAAAAAACAACGAAUGAGAAAAAUUCAAAGCAGCAGCUGGGUGAAGUUGGACAACAGAAAAAACAAAUAGGGAAAACCUAUUAAUACGACUAAAAUUGCGCAUAGUUCAACGCAAAACAAAUAAAAUAGUUUUAUUUAUUUUACUAAAAUACUCUGCCCUUAAAACCCGCCAUGGAUUUGCUGAAUUCAAUACUCAAUUCAAUGGAAAAACCUCCCGCAGCCACAGAGCAACAGAAAAAAAUGAUCAAAAAACAAAAAGAGCUUGCUGAACGAAUGAAAAACAAACAGAAAGAAGAACUAAAUCGAUUUCGCAAAUAUGUUGAGGAUCGUAUAGGACGAUUUGCCAAGGACGAUCGCCCUCAUAUUGAGUUUCAACCGCUGGAUAAAGUGCACCGUGCCAUUAUUCAUGAGGUAGCAGAAUUCGGUGGCUUUAUAGCAAUGAGUUUUGGUCGCGAAGAUAUCGACCGCCAUUCAGUUGUUUAUAAAAAAGAAAAUGCACCAUCGGAAGAUGAAAUAGCAGCUCGCCGCAACGGUGACGGUUGGAAUGAAGAAAUUGCCAAAGAAUAUGCUGAAAUACGAAAACAACAACGCGAAUUGGAAAGUGAACAAAAAAGACUGGCACGUGCUUCCACCCAACUACCACCUACUACAGAGUGUGACAUUAAACCAGCGACCAACUAUAAAGAUAAAUACGCUCAUCUUAUUGGACAAGAUGCUGCCUUAGAGGCUGCGCGUAAAACAGAAACUAACCUGAGUUAUGGUUUCGUGCCCAGCAAAAACAAAAAGGAUAUGCGUUCGAUUGAACAAACUUUAGCUGAUAUUCAGGCAAAGAAGAAACGAAAAUUGGAGCAGCAACAACAGAAUUCAUUACCCAAUGUGGAACUUAAACAACAGUUUGUUGUCAAUGAACAAGAAAGUGCUGGCUUAAGUACGCAACAACCGCAAGACAAACAGGAGCCCAAUGUUGUUGGAAGCAGUGCUGGAGCAGAUGAGUGAUAAUUUUAGCGAGCCACUAUUAUCAUACUAAAACACGCUUGUUAAAUGACUGCUUUGUGUCUUUGCAUCAAUUUGCAAUAAAUUGCAAUAUUUUUACUAUUUACGAGAUCACAACUGAAUUGUUAACUAUUUGAAAUGGUAUUGAGUAAAAACACAUAAAUAUAUUAUAAUGAAAAUAUA